UAGAUUGAUCGACAUUGAAUAUUAAAUUUGCUGGAGAAGCUCUGGUAUUCACGAUUAUUGGUGGAUUUUUUCAAUUUAAAUGUAAAGCAAAUAUUAUCCUCCAAAACGCAUCCUGGUGGUCUCUCAAGUUUUGCCUUGUCUCCCAAAUCAAGAAAGCUGCAAAUAGGUUACCUCGCGACGAAUGGGAUUUCAAAUCUCUCCAAUCGGUUGAAAGUUGCUCGAUGAUUUUCUGUUUCAACCAUGUUAUCGACAGCUAGGCAACUGAGAAAAUUCUCUGCAGAGAAACAGUCUUUCCAGGUUGUGAACUGGGUCAGAAGGAUUGUUACUACGACGACAGACGAAGAUGGUUUAUUUUUCAUUUCAAUCAAUCGUCCUGAAAGACGAAAUGCAGUUAAUGUCGAGACUGGAAAUGAUCUGUACAGCGCUUUCAUGAAAUUUAAUGAAUCCGAAGACGCAAGAGUUGGUAUUUUCCAUAGUUCUGGUGGUGAUUUUUGCGCUGGUUUCGACCUAAAAGAGCUCAGUACUUUUGGUAGUCGAGGAGACGAUGAAAUCAAAGACUUACUACAUAAGCGUGGACCGAUGGGACCUUCAAGACUACACCUAAAAAAGCCUGUUAUUGCAGCCAUAGCUGGCCAUGCAGUUGCAGGAGGACUUGAGUUGGCCCUUUUGUGUGAUAUGAGAAUUGUGGAAGAAGAUGCUGUACUUGGUGUAUUUUGUCGACGAUUUGGUGUUCCUCUGAUUGAUGGUGGCACAGUACGGUUACCAAAACUCAUUGGCUUAUCUCGUGCACUUGAUCUUAUUCUCACUGGGAGAGCAGUUAAUGCUGCAGAAGCCCACCAAAUGGGCCUGGCAAAUAGGGUUGUUCCAAAAGGAAAGAGUUUAGAAGAAGCCAAGAAAUUAGCAAAGCAGCUUUUGAAGUUUCCUCAAGCAUGUAUGCUAGCCGACAGAGAAUCUGCUUACCACGCAACAUAUGAUGCUAAUUCAAUAGAUAGUGCAUUGAAAUUUGAAUAUGAGAAUGGUAUGGAUGUGAUCAAGAAUGAAGCUGUUCCUGGUGCAGGGGAGUUUGUGUCUGGAAAAGGAAAACAUGGACAGUUUGUGUAAUGUUUUGCCUUGUAAAUAUUUGUCCUUUGAAACCUUUGCCAUUGACAUUGCUUUAUGUUAAUCAAUAAGAUUUCAGACAGGAAUUGACAAAUUUGCAAAACAAAACUUAAAAAUGGAUUUGAAAAAGGAAACAUUUUGAAUCAUACUAAAGCUUUUCGUCUGACACUCUUCAGAGUAUAAAACGUCAGAACAUAGAUUGAAAACUCUACGCUAAGAAAUAUAUAUACCCAGUUGUGGAUCGAACUAGACCAAUCAGAACGCAACUAUGUGACUUUUGCGGUUGUACAGUCAGUGCUGCUUUACAAUUGAAAAGGCAAGCGGCACUGGUUGGGCAGCCUCAAUAGGGUACAACAAUUUAGAUAUUAAAAACUAUUUUGUAAAUGACAAUUUGUGUUUUUCAUCCACAUUCCAUCCACUUAGAACGUCUUCAAAUCCACAUUUUUUCAAAAUACCUUUACUUUAGUGAAAAUUCUGAAACUUUGUGUUUGAUCUCCCUGAAGCUCUUGACAAAAUAACAUUUAAACCUGGUAUUUCCACAAGAAGAAUGGGCAUCAAGUAGUAUUGAUAUUAUGAACUUAUGUUUUAACAUAUUAUUUGGUAAUUUCUAGAACCAAGAACAACCUAGUGUUUGGAGACAUUGCCUCUGAUAUUUCGAUGAAUAUAGAUAAAAAGAAAUCAGUGCUAUAUCAGGCACAAAAUAAGACAUCAGCCACGUAUCCAUUUGAGGCAUUGAAAUAUUUUUACUUUAUUUUUGACAAUAUAAUUAAUGUUUAUAUGACAAGUGAAAAUCGUAUAACAGAUUUCCAUAUGACAGAAUAUGACAGAAAGCAUGUUUUGU